CAAAUUAUCGAGUUUUUCAGAAAUCAUCAAAACAUUGCGAAUAAAAACAUUCAUGUCGUGAGGUCGGAGAAAAUAAUUACUAUAUAGAUUAAUUUCGUCAUUAAUGAAGCGAUAAAGAUAAUAAGCAACAUAUUCUCUUAAAAAUUGCUCAAUGAAGCGAGCGUUCUGUGUGUUGGCGGCUCUUAGAACUGAACAGAAGCAAAGUGUACUUGCCAAGAUGCUACCAAUAACCAAUUUCAAGGAAUGGAAGUUCCGUAGCACUCCUAACUACGCCGCUUUACCAAUAGAUGAGAACCCUGAGUAUAAUGUGCCGAUGGCUGUGAAAGAUGCAGUGUUUUCUAAGGUCCCAACAGAGCCUCUAGUCGGGACAUUACAUCUGGUAUGUGCAUCAGAUGAUGCACUCACAGACCUGUUGGACCUGCACCCCAUUGUAGCAGAGACUACAGAAUUCAUCAACUUUGUUGCUGGUGCUUAUUUGCCUGAGGGAGGACUUACUGUUUCACAUAGGUAUGGAGGUUACCAGUUUGGACAUUGGGCAGACCAGCUGGGUGAUGGUAGAGCUCACAUACUCGGGGAAUAUGUGAACAGUAAAGGUGAAUCCUGGCAGCCACAACUGAAAGGUUCUGGUGAGACGCCAUAUUCCCGCUUUGGUGAUGGUCGCGCAGUCCUACGGUCUUCUAUCAGGGAGAUGAUCGCAUCUGAAGCUUGCUUCUACCUCGGCAUACCCACCACCAGGGCCGCCGCUUUGGUAGUGAGUGACGAUCACAAAGUUUGGCGCGACAAGACAUACAGUGGUCGCGCGAAACAGGAGCGGGCCGCCAUUGUGAUGCGUCUCGCCAACGCUUGGUAUCGCAUUGGAUCGCUAGAGAUUUUGCUCAAGCGAAAAGAACCACAUACGCUGAAGUUGUUGACCGAUUUUAUAAUUAAACAUCAUUUCCCUGAAAUUGUGAAUGCUGAAGGUGACAAAUAUGUGAAUUUUUAUAAAGAAGUGGCUCAUAGGAACCUUGAUAUGGUGGCGACUUGGCAAGGCCUAGGCUUCACUCACGGCGUGUUGAACACAGAUAAUGUGAGCCUACUAGGUGUGACCAUAGACUAUGGUCCCUACGGGUUCAUAGACCACUACUACCACCAUUAUGUGCCCAACACUUCCGAUGACAUGGGCCGGUAUGCCUUCAAUAAACAACCGGGGAUUCUUCUAUGGAACUUGGAGAAAUUGGCUGAAGCUAUGGAACCAAUUUUAACAGCUGAGCAGAAACAAGAAAUAGAUCGCGUGGAAGCUACUCUAGAGAGUUAUGUCAAAACUAAAGUAUUGAAAACAUAUCUACACAAGUUAGGGCUUGAAGAAGUGAAAGAUGGUGACCAGAAGUUAGUGGAUGAUCUACUUGAAGUGAUGCAGCUGAAGAUGGCAGACUUUACGGCUACCUUCAGACAACUUGCUGAGGUGGAACCACAACAGUUAUCGGAUAAGACAGUACUAGAGACCAAAUGGUCUCUUAGCAAAUUGAUUGGAGUACCGGCUUGGGACAAGUGGGUGGAAUCUUACCAAGAUAGGCUGAAGAAAGAGAAUGUGAGUGAAGAAGAACGCAGGCGUCGAAUGGUAGCAGUGAACCCUGUGUAUGUACCACGCAACUGGAUCCUAGAGGAAGCCAUCAAAGAUGCAGAGAACAAUGAUUUUGAAAAGGUACGCUUCCUAGUUAAACUGUUCAAGAAUCCGUAUGAAGUGAAUGAAGAGGCUGAGAAACGCGGCUACUCUGCUCAACCGCCGAGCUGGUCUUAUGGACUCAAACUCAGCUGUUCUAGUUAAAUGACAUGCAAAUUAUUGUUAUUGAAACUAGCUGUUUAAGGUUUAGUAACGAAGGUAACGUUAACAAUCACGUUUACGCCGUUCAGGCAUGUUUUGUUUACGUAGUUUGAUAUUUUCUCCGCUAGAGGCGCCUCAGUCGAAUCAAGGUAGUAAGGUCUUCCAUGAAGUUUGGGGUGUUCUUACUUAAUUCUCGUGCAAUCAACACUGUAUAAGUAUGUAGUUUUUGCGAUAUCAAGUCAAUAGUCAUUUAUUAGUAUUUUUUGUUUUAUAGAAAAAGAGAUACCUACAUUUUUUUUCAGUUGUAACUGAAAUUGCUACCUGUAUACGAACAAAUCAAUUCAAAGUAAGAUUAGUUGUUAUAGUUUUCAGUAGUAUCUCAUAAUGUAAUUUAGGUGAUUGUACAAACAGGUGUAGGUACUUGUGAUUGAAACUGACAACUCUUGUGAUACAAAGAAUAUCUUGAAAAGAUUAGGAUAAGGUCGAGUUUAUAAUGUUUCGUUAUGUAGAAAUAGAAAUUAGAUUAUUAUGUAAGCUUAAUUAGAAAGCUGGAAACCACUCUAACGCUAAGACAUUUUUGUUUAUAUUUUUUUCUAAUAUAAUGUUGUUAUUUA